AUGAACAAGGUAGUUGAUGCCUCUGUUGCUGUCUGCACCAAUACGACCGAAAGAGUCGAUAAACUAAUUUCUGAUGCUAUAACUUUCAUGAACAACUUCCAAAUCUCCUUUGAGUCCAAUACAAUGAAAGCUAAUGAAGCCAUUGCGAAUCUCAGCUCCUCUCUUAAAACUGAAAGGGAAAAACUUCUAGAAGUUCGAACAGGCAUUACUUCUGAUCAUGAAGAGUUCAAAUCCACCAUUUCUUCUGAAUAUUCCAAGCUUCAAGAAGAUCUUGGAUGGAUAGCUGAGAAACAAGUCAAGGAUUUGUUAUAUGAGAGGCUAGUCAUGAAAAGAUCUCCGGCCAGUCUUUGCUUUGCUUCAUCAUUUAGAGGGUGUUUCAGAAUCAAACAACAUCACGAAACAAGGGGGAGAUUAGCCAAAGAAGCCAUUAGCCAAACCAAAAAUAAAAGCGAAUAUGAUCCUAAAGGAAAAGAAAAGAUUUUAUUUGAAGAACCAAUCGUUGAUAACAGUGGGAAGGAAGAGCUAGAUGAAGACGAACUUAAAAGGAGAAAGGCUUGUGAAGCUGAGUUGGAUGAGAAUCAAAGAAUUGUCCGAGAGGCAGAAGCUAAAGAAAAGGCAAAAAGAAGCUUAGGUCACACUUGA